UCAUUCAUCUAACAUGGCGGUUUUAAAUUUUCUCUAAGAACAGUGAACAAUUUGUUGUUGCAAUUUUUUUAUGUAGGUAUUUUAUAAUAAGCCUAUAAUUUUGUUAACAUUUCAUUAUACAUUAUUGUUUUUAAUCGUAUAUUGUUAAGUUUGUAACUGUGAAUCAUAACAACGCUGUUAAUAUUCGAAAUCAAGUAAAAUGAGUUCUACAUCUACUGCACUAUUCGCUUGUUCCCGUUGUUUCUCGAGGCAUCCUUUCGAAGAAUUGUCGCCUGGUGAACAACUGUGCAAGGAAUGCCGCGGCUCGUUCCCUGUGGUGAAGUGCACAUAUUGUCGCUCGGAGUUUCAACAAACAAGUAAAUCUAAUACAUCUUCAAUAUGUAAGAAAUGUGAGGCUAACGUUAAGGCCUAUGGCAAACCAACAGCAUGUGAAUAUUGCAACAUUAUCGCUGCAUUCAUUGGAAACAAAUGUCAACGCUGUGCAAAUUCUGAGCGCAAGUAUGGCCCUGCAGUUACUUGUGAACAGUGCAAGCAAAGAUGUGCAUUUGACAGGCAUGAUGACAGUAAAAAGGUGGAUGGAAAGCUACUUUGUUGGCUCUGCACCCAAUCACUGAAGAGGGCUUUGGCCAGAACAAAACAGCACUUGUCUUCAGUGGAUAAACACAAACACAGGGCACACAAAUCAAAAAGCAGUCACAAGGACAAACGCAAGUCUGACAUGAUCAAAGCAAAUGCCAAUGAUUCCUCACUUAAUGAUGCUCCAUUAGAAAAGAAAUCUAAACUAAACCCCUUACAAGGUUUGUUCUCAGGAGAAUUAGACCCCAAUAGUUCUGAUCAUGUGGUUGCUAUGACACAACUGAAGGAGACCAUCGCCAGCUUACAGAAGAAAGUACAGCAGAAGGACAUGGAGUUACUCUCAAAGGAUAAAUUGAUAACCGAGCUGAAAGCGCAGCACCACAACGACACGACGGACCUGCGCAACGAAAUGAAAAACAAGGAGCGUUUGAACGAGACGCGCUUCAAUCUGAUGAACACGAAGAUACAGAACCUGCUGAAGGAAGUGGCGACGCUCAGCAAGUCGGCGAAAAAGAACAACAAGAACACUAAAUCGGCGCUCGUGAACGCCGAGAACAGCGGCAGCGGCACGGACAGCCCCAGCACCAACUAGACCAGAUCUUCAUAAUUUAUUCGUUUUUAGCCAUAAUUUUGGAAAGUUUUUUCCUCUUAUUUUUUUACCCUACAAAUGGUUUCAUUUGUAGCCUUUAUACAGUUAAGCGGAACUAGGUAUCAAUUUUAACUCGUAUUUAGCGUAAGUGCGUGGGAGGAUGUUUUGUGUUUGACGACGAACGUUCUAGAAGUAAGUGGAAACUGAUGCGGGUCGAAAGCGUGUGCGUUUGAAAGGACAGCGUGUAGGUACAACCAAAAUUCUAAUUUUUGUAUAUUUUUUUACGCAUUUUUUUUAUAACGUAGGAAACGAAAUUGUAGUUGAAUAUUAGAAUUAAUGUGAUUCAAUAAUUUAUUUCUUGUUAUUUUGUAACGAUUAUGAUGGAUGAAUGUAGUGUUAUUGAAUUAAAUCUACGAAGAUAAUAAAGCGAUCAUAUCAUUUUUCCGUUUAGUUGUCGCUGUUAAGUGUAGUCUCAAUGAUGACGUUGUAACCUUUAUUCGAAAUAAUAUACACAAUUGUACAAUAGUAGUUUAACGGGGAAAUAAUACCAAAAAUAUAGUAGUGUUGUAACCUCUUUAUUGUCUUACUUUCGUAUGAAACGAUUUCAUUCACAAAGAGUUAAUGUAGAUAAUUGACAUUUACAUUUUAUGAAACAAAGUAAAAUAUUAAUUUCUCAAACUAUUAAUCAUGAAUUUUUCGACUAAAAUAGAAAAGUGAGGUAUAUUAGUCGAAUUUACCUUUGACAUUAAUAAAAUAUUAUUAUUUGCAUUAUAAUAAAAGGACAUUACUUGAAUCGUAGAAUAUUCGCACUGUGGAUUAGCUAAUAGUCAUUGUCUUUGCGGCCUCGCUCUAAUAUAUUAUGUGAAUCGAUGUAAUUAUUAAAUCAACAUCCCUUAUUCCAUUGUCUCGUGAUAAUUAUGCAAUUAGAACAAUAUAAUGUAAAUCAAAAUAAAUGUUUAAAAAUAAA